AAAUAAGCUGUGUCGGUGUUAUGAGUGUGUGCAGCUUCCACAGGCUUUUGUUUUGAGAUUCAGAGUUAUAUCCCUGUUAAGUAGGCUAACCGUUUUAGGACACAGCUGGGACGGUUAGUCAGCUGUUUUUAUCUGAAGCUGCGUUUUCUUUUAUGGAAAGAAACUGCUGGAGUGUUAGAUGUCCUGUUCAGGGAUUUCUCUUUAGUCAGCUGGCUACGCAAACCAAUGAUGACACUUUUUUUUGGGGUAAAGCAUCACAGCUGACCUGCCUGCUUAUCAAACACUGCUUAAAAAGGCAACAUUAGAAAAAACAACUUGCGAUUUAAUACCAUACUGAGUAGCCUAUUCAAUGACACAUCUCCGCACCUUCUGAUAUGUAUCCUGAAACAUUAUGGCAUCAUCAACCGACUAUCUCAUCUUCACGUAUAAAAUUCUGCUUUAAGUACAGUUUCAUCCACCUACUGUAUGAUGCUCGCCUCCACAGUAAACACUCAUACUCACACUUACGUAAGAUGAUUGCGUAUUUCUCACCAAUAACGUUCUUGCCACUUGUUGCGCAGACAGAAGAGAGGGAGGUGAGAUUUCCUGUUUCGUUGUCCUAGAAUUUAAAUAUAGGACAAACAUGAAUUAAUAUGCGUCUGUUUCGCUUCGACUUCAUUAUUAGUAGCUUAUAAGCCUGUUGUGUCUGCAGCCAUUACAAAGAUGUACCAACAGCAGCUGUGAGGGCUCCUAGCGUCCCUAUCUAGAGACAGCAGUGGAAAGAUUGGAGGUCCCUUGCACAUCAAUGUCUCUCACUCCGAGUCGAAAGCCCUCCUCAGGUCAGCGCAGGCGCUCAGUGGGCACUGGUGGCGGCAGCGUGCGAUGUUCCCACAGUGAUACAUCCAGUAUCCACACCUAUCCCGGUCGGGUUAGGGCAGCGGAGGGCAGCCCCACAGCCCGGACGCAUCCUAGUACACCCAGGCGUCAGGCAAAGCACACAGCAUGCAGUGACAACCAUGGGAUCAGGCCCCCGACCCCGGAGCAGUACCUUACCCCUCUGCAACAGAAGGAGGUGUGCAUACGACAUCUGCGAGCCAGACUGAGGGACAAUGUGGAAAGACUACAACACAGAGACUGUGAAAUAGAUGAGUUGAGGAGCCAACUGUACAGGAUGCAGGAAGACUGGAUAGAGGAGGAAUGUCACCGUGUGGAGGCCCAGUUAGCCCUGAAAGAGGCUCGCAAGGAGAUCCAGCACCUUCAGGAGGUGGUUGAGACAGUGAGGUCCAACCUGAGUGUCCGUGAACAAGACCCCCAUGACACACACAAGCCAUACUCAGGGUUGCAGGGAGCUCGGCCAGGGGGGAGGUCUCGCUCCUGUGGCUGUUCCCCAGCCAGCACUUUGAGUCGCAGCACCACCCACACCCGACUGAGCAGCGAGGCUCUGCAUUUGGAGCGCAGCUCGAAUGCUCCCGAGUCAAGCAGAGAGUCUCGCCCAGCAGGACAAACCCACCUGCUCCUGGAGGCCGCCCUCCUAUCAGAGCAGCUGCCCCCACAAACCCGCAUCCGAGGCCCCCCAACUGUGCCACGCUCUUCCACCUACGAAAGGCUGUGCAGUGGGGGAGCGGUGUUGCCAAUCUCACACUCCUGCCACAGUCUCAGUAGCAGCUGCAAGUGCAGUGGCCACACCUACCCCCCCCAUCAUCACUUGUUCCUGCAUUUACCUCAGGAGGAGGCCCCAGUAACAGCUGCAACUGCAACUGUAGCUGUCCCUGCUACGAAGCCUAUCCCUACUCCUUCUCCUGCAGCAGAGAAGAAGCCAGAGGUGCGCUCCCAGGCCUGCAGCCCGACCAUGACCUGGCUGUGUGAGGAAAGCGAUGUCCAAGAGCUGAGUAUCAUUUCUUUAGCCACAGCAGACAUCACCACUUCAGAACCACAUCGGUUUCCAUCGUCUUUACCUGCUGUGUUCCCUCCUGAGCAUUCCUACAGCGUAGAGCCACUACCACCCGACAGACCAGAGGAGGUAACCAAGAUGCCAGCAGAGCCCCACAGCUGCCAACCCCACCCUAUAGCUCCACUCCCAGAGAGGCAGGACGCUGUAGUAGUGGAGAUAGAAGAGGACCAUGAGGAUGAAACUGAAGGUACAAAUGAAGAUGGGUAUUCCCCUCAGCUCUGCCACUGGAGCCGGUACUUCCUCGUAGAUCUGUUGGCGUUGGCGAUGCCCGUGGUGCCAACCAUGGCGUGGCUGUGUCGAGGGGGGCCACAGGAAAUCAUGCCGGUGUAUCAUAUUGGCUCUCUGCUGAGAGGUUGCUGUGCUGUGGCCCUUCACUCACUUCGCCGCCGGGGUGCAGGCAGAGGACGCAGGCCUAUCAGCAUGAAUGGAACAACACCCAUCUAAGACUUUCUGCUCUCUCUGACAUUAAGAUUACAACUCCCAACCUCUGCAGGCACAGCCACAGCAAUGCUGACUUUAUUACAGUUUGGUUAUGCCGUGUGUUGGAUAUCUCCUCUUAUAAGAUUUCUAGGUUUUACAUAAUGCCCUUGUGAUUUUGUGGUCAUGCCUUGCCUUAGAAAACAAAGGAUUAGUUGUCCAUUAUUUCAUUACUCAAAUACACUUAAUGCUACUGCCUGUGGAUUAAGUGGUUGUCUCUUUAUUGGAAUUUGCAUGUAACCCACAGUUUGGUCGGGUUCUCUUGCUUGAAUUAAAAUCCCCUACCAGGAUUUAGAUGAUAUCCUCUGGGCAAAGAUAUUCACUUAACGUUAUGAAAAGAAGCAGAAGAGAAUUGUCUCAAGUUGAAUGUUCCUCUAUUUUUAAUCAUCACACAAAAGGGAAAGGGAGAGUCACAUUAAUGAAAUAUGAAAUGAAAAUGUUCCGCAAAAAUAAGAAAAAUAAAUUACAGUCAGUACGUCUGACUUCUUCUGAAGUACUUAAUAGAUUUAAAGAGCACAGUGAGUGUAGGCAGCAAAGUUUUUUACACACAUGAAAAUAUCGACUGUGGUUGAAAGCUGUUGGGACUUUUACCUUUUGAAAAGCAUGUGCAUUAAAUCUAGUUCUCAGGUGCAGAACAGACAGGUUAUUGAUAUUUUUGCCAAUAAACAAAUCGUGGGAGUUUAAAA